AUGACCAGAGACCAGGAGAGAAGAAGAAACGAAAGGUUCCAGCAGCGCAGAAACCUCCGAUCCAACAGCCAGCCCAGUUCCCGUGAUCCAUCUCCUGCAGGCGCAGCUUCAGAGCUUCAUCUCCUGCCUGUGGUCGCUGGUGGCUCCAACCCAGAAGUAAGACAAGCAGUUCAAGUGAUGGCGACCGAAAUCACGAUGUUUAGGGAAGUGCUGGAUAGGGUAAAUGCCCUGGUUGAUGAAAUUCGGGAAUACAAAGAGCAGAACAAUCAACUCGAUGCACGGCUCCAGCGACAGGAAGAAAGUCUCAGGGAGAAAGAAGUUGCAGACGUGGAAACUCGGAGGAGACAAGCUGAGGAGCGUGUGGAAGAUGAGCGGCAACAGCAGGAUGCAUUGGCAGAGAGGGAUGAACAGAUCCGACAACUUCAUCAACAGCUUCAAGAAAGGAACGGGGAGCUGGAUAAUGCACGACGCCCCCAGCUAGAAAUCCAGCCAACUGAACAAGAGAGGAUGAAUGUAGGACGCCAGCAGAGGGAAGCCGUAGAUGACCGGGACCAGCAAAUUCAGCAGCUUCGGAAUCAGCUUCAGGAAAGAGAAGGUGAACUGACAGAACUUCGCCGUAACCAGAAUACGGCAACAACUCCUUCCCAGCGACAGCGUAGUACAGGAGACCUGAAUAGCAGAAUCUCCUGUGGCCGCCAUACAUCUACCCUGGCAGAUUUCCAUCUACCUCGCGAACCACCGCAACCUCUCCCACGUAGCAGAGCCCAAACUCCUGAGCCUGUGUGUCGCCUCCCAUUGCUUCAGCCUCAUCCACAACAGCAUUUGCGGCAAGUUUCACCACAGCUGCCAAUACCUGAAGUCGGAAGACGUUCUACUGACCAGAUGCCACACUGCAGGGAUUGCACUAGUCUCCGCUGCCCAUCUGCACAAACCUCCAGCACAGCCCCAGUGUCCUACGUAUUCACCAAGGAGAAGGUCCCUCUUUUUAAGGGUGAUGCAACUGCUUCGCAGCCACUUAAAAAGAACCAGGAGAUUGAGGGGUGGAUACGAGCCAUAGAGAAUGUAGUGAAACCAUCCACCUCAGAGGCCUACAUUCAAGCAGUUCGGGCCAAUUGCCGAGGGCCUGCUGAGCUGAUUAUAAACUCUCCUCUCUUUGACCACAUUAGGGAAUGGGAAACCUUCAAAGCAGCCUUACGGAGUAAAUUUCGUGGGACCUACACUGCGGCAGAUUUUUAUAAGGUCCUUUAUGAAAAUCGAAUGACACCAGGACAAGCCCCCAUGGAUUACUUCCUCCAGCUUGAAGGAAGUGUCUAUCAAGGAUACCGCGACCAUCGCGAGGCGAUCGGAGAUCCAGCAGAGCUUGUCAGGAGAAUUUUCCUUAGUGGUAUUCCAUCUUGGCUUCGGGACUUUCUUGCCCUUAAGGAGGAUGGGAGUCCAACUCAAAUUGCUGAAGCAGCUCAGCGAAUUUGGAAUUCGCGCAAUGGGAUCAGGCAUAGUGAAAGUUCCUCAUCACAAGAAUUUCAGCGCUCACCUGACCGUCCUCCACGUGUACGUGAUCACUAUGCCAUGCCUAUAUCGGUCGAUAGUCCAGUUUCGGCCUUCCCAGUAGCUGUCCAAGGAAAGUGUGCAAGCGACCAGGGCACUUUGCCAGAGACUGUCCCUUUCAACCAUGCCAGGGCGACAGUGCUCCCAGAGCCACUGGCAGAACCAGCCCGGGGAGCUACCAACACUCAAGCGGUGGCCACCAGAACAAUAGCCACAGUGACGUCUCCAGGACCUGUUGGACGACCACUCGUGGCACUCAAUGUUGAGGAAGCCACUGCUUUGUGCUUCAUCGACACAGGUUCAGAGGUGACAAUUAUCAAACCCAGGGCCCUUCGGCUGAUUGAUCCACAUGGUUUUGUACGCCAGAGGGAUGCUGCACGUCAACUCUGUGGGGUGACAGGUAAUUCCCUGGAUGCUUAUAGUGAAGUGACCCUGACCUUCUGCCUUGACACUGACCUGAAGAUACGUCAUCAAGUUACUGUGUGUGACAUCCAGUUCCCUGGUGAUAUUCUCCUAGGAAUGGACUUAUUGCGGAGAACCUCCUUCAGCCUGUCCUCCAGCCUGCAUGACUGGGCUUGCCUCACUUUGGAAGGCCGGGCCUUUUCUGUCACCUAUACUGAUGCCUGCUCGUUGCAGCUAUGCAUUGUAAAUGUAGAGAGUGGCCUGCCAAAAGUAGCAGAUCCUGAUGGGGCUAACGCUGAAUCCUUGCAUUCUUCGGUUGCUUCAAACUUGGCCAACAACCCUUUACCUGCUGCAGUACACCUCCGACAGACCACGGAGCUCCCACCACAUGCUGGGCGUUUCCUGGAGGGUACGAUUGAAAAGUCUGGCCCUAGUGAUGGUGAUAUUCUUCUGAUUCCCCAAAUUUCAGCUGUGUGCGCAUCUCCCUACCUUGUUACUACAGCCUCACAACACCGCUGCCCUGUGUGGGUAGUGAAUCACCUGGCAAGGCCUGUACGACUGACACAGGGAACACGUUUGGGGACGGUAACAUCAGUGAAUGAAAUAUACACAACCAAGACAUCACACGCUGUGCCACCGAAUCCAGUCAUUGCUGGGAACACGGACUCCAUCAAGACUGAUUUUUGGGAAGACAGUGAAGAGGCUGCAGACUUUAGCUGGGAGGAAGAUCAUUUUGAUCAGAUUUAUGGACUGGAAGACUUUGGGUAUGAAGAUGACCAGGAUCUAUUUCCAGCAGAAUUACCCCCUUCAUUUGCACUUGCUGCAGUUGAAACAGCUGAAGCUUUGGAGGACCUAAUACAUCCGGGCCUAAAUGAAUUUGAAGCAUGUCUACAACACUUGGAAGAGGCCCAGCGCACAGAGCUACAGACACUCCUUCAUCGUUACUCAGAACUUUUUGAUGGCGGGGAAGAAGCAGUUGGCCACAUUCCAGGUGUUCAACAUCGGAUCAACACUGGUGAUGCUAACCCUGUGUGUACUCGACAGUGGCGGCUCCCUCAAGUGACCCGAAGCAUCAUUCGGGACCAAUGUAACUCUAUGCUAAGGCAAGGAGUAAUUGAGCCUUCAACAUCACCAUGGCUCAGCCCCGUGGUGUUAGUAAAAAAGAAGAAUGGAUCGCUGCGGUUUUGUGUAGACUACCGUAAUCUAAAUACAGUCACCACAGCUGAUACAUAUCCGCUACCUCGCAUAGAGGAACUCAUAGACGAGUUGGGUCCAACAGAUACUUUCACCACACUGGAUGCCAAGGCAGCAUACUGGAGUGUAGAGGUCCAUCCAGAGGACAGACCAAAAACUGCCUUCAGUGAUGGAUAUAGACUUUUUCAGUUCUGUAGACUCCCAUUUGGUCUCAGCACAGCCCCAACAACCUUCCAACGAACUAUGAACAUCGUCCUUUCCUCAGUCUUAGGGCGCCAUACCUUAGCUUAUCUGGAUGACAUCAUCAUAUAUUCAAGAGGCUUUUCACAACAUCUGAUAGACCUUGAGGAAACACUGAAGCUUCUCUCUGCAGCUGGAUUGAAGUUGAACUCUGAGAAGUGUAGCUUUGCUACAACCACCAUCAAUUUCUUGGGAUUCACUAUAACUCCUGAAGGUGUCCAACCAGACCGUAAUAAGGUUACUGCCAUUUCUGAGACUCCUGUGCCGCAAACUGUAAAGGAAGUUCGUCGUUUUCUUGGUGCUACAGGUUUUUUCAGAAAACAUAUCCAAGGAUAUGCAACCCUAGCUGCUCCUUUGCAUCUUCUUCUAAAGAAGGGUCAACCUUGGGAAUGGGGUAUAGAUCAGCAGCAGGCCUUUGAUAACCUGAAAGAAAGUCUUGUUUCUGCACCAGUUCUCCAACAACCUGACUUCUCCAAACCAUUUGAGUUGCACACUGAUGCCAGUAGCCUUGCUGUAGGAGCUGUACUUAUCCAGAGAGAUGCGGAUGGAACACCUCAUGCUAUAGCUUACUAUAGCCGGAAGUUGCGAGAUCCAGAAAGCCGGUAUCCUGCAAUAGACUGUGAAGCCCUUGCUGUUGUCGAAGGUGUUCGUGUCUUCGACUCGUAUCUUUAUGGUCGAAAGUUUAUCAUCUUUACCGACCACCGACCACUCGUCUAUGUUUUCAAGCGCCGUACUAAGUCACCGAGAAUGACUAGGUAUGCUCACGACUUAUCUUUCUACGACUUUGAGAUUCGAUACAAAGAAGGACCCACAAAUCAUGUGCCUGACCUGCUGUCACGCCAUAUUGCUGCUCUAGAUGUUAAUGUCUUGUCUCCAGAAAAGUUAGCAAUUGAACAAGGUAAGGAUCCAAAGCUGCAAGACCUCUUAGCUUAUCUCCGGGAUGGAACUGUUCCAAAACGGAAAAUGCCACUCCCACUCUCAGACUUUGAGCUAAAGGAUGGAGUUCUCUAUCGGCUGCUACACCUUCCUGAUAAGAUUUUAUACCAGGUAUUUGUUCCGGAAACUCUCCAUCACUCAGCACUGAAGGCAGCUCAUGAGCCACCCCUUGCGAUGCACCCUGGAAUCCAUCGGACCUACCACAAUCUCCGCAGUAUGUUUUAUUGGCCAAACAUGUUACGUGACACCCGUCGUUAUGUGGAACAUUGCCUUUCAUGUCAGCAAGCACGAGGGGUUGCCCAGAGGGUUCCUAUGGCUGAAGCCCCAUUGGCCCUUUACCCUUUAGAAAGAGUCUCCAUGGACAUUUUGGACCUGAGUCAAGCACCGAUGAGAUGGGCACUUACCAUCAUAGAUCAGCACACACGUUUUAUGCAGGUGAUCCCACUCAAAGAUAUUACAGCUUCUAGAGUUCAUCGGGUCUUUCUUGAUUACUGGGUGACAUACUUUGGCCCACCUCGAGUCAUUCAGACAGACAAUGGUCGUCAGUUCAUUUCUCAGGUGUUUGCAGAGUUGGUAGAGAUUUUGCGAGCCACUCAUCAUUUCACCAUUAGGUAUCAUCCGCAAGCAAACGGUCUUGUUGAAAGGACCAAUCGUGUAGUGAAGGCUGCCCUUCGUGCUGUUGUUGGUGAACACCCUGGAAAUUGGCACAAAUAUGUACCAGAGUUGCGACUUGCUCUCAACUCUGCCAUUCACCGGACUACUGGUGAACAGCCCUUAUACUUGCUCACUGGAAGGCACGGAUACUUUCCUGUGGGUUUGACAAACGAAGCAGUUUUUGAUGAGAACACCACCUUUCAACAGCGACUGAAGACUGCUCGCCGUGCAGCUAUUGAAGCUUCCAAGAAUGCUCGGGAAGUCUAUGGAAAGUCUUACAAUCAGCGUGCAAAAGGAAGCUUUACCCCGGAAGAGGGCCACUUAGUCUGGUAUAAAGAGAUGGUGCCUCGUCCACUAGGACCAAAAUGGCGUGGACCUGCUCGCAUCUGCAAGCGACUGGGCCCUGUUUCAUUUGAAGUUCAGCACCUGGAUUCUGGCAAGGUUCUCCGCGCCCAUCUUAACCAUCUGAGACCUUACAAAUCAUCAGAAGAACUUGCUUAUGCUGAUGUUGAAGAGGAUCCUGAUGAGCUUCCUGAAGAUAAUGAUCCAUGGGUAGCAAUUCUCACGUCAUGUGUUUGGGAUCCUGGUAUUCAUGCUGUUAUCAUUUUGUUUGGGAUCUUGUCGGCGGUAACAGAAUCUUUGCAUGGUGUCACAAGCUGCAUGUUAGAUAAUAUAAGGACUCUGCUUUCCAUGAGUCAUUGGCCUUGUGCCACAUGGAUGUUGAGAUUGCUGUUAGAGGUACUUUCAGAGAUGUUAGGGACUUUACUUUCCAUGCGUUAAUGGCCUUGUGCCACAUGGGAGUAGAGAGUGCCGUUCCUAAGAAGUUAGGGUCUCUACUUUUUGUGCGCCAUUGGCCUUGGGCCACACGGAAGUAGAGGUUGCUGUUAAACGUAAUUGACGCUACUGCACACUGCGUCACCUGCAGAUAAUGCUGUCCUCAUGUAAUACUACAGUUCCCCUAGCAUGGACGAGUGACUCAGUGGUGCUUCUCUAGGUGAACUAUUUGGAUGUUUUCAUAUUGCAGUUUCGUGAGUAUGAGAUCACAUUUUUACUCUGUUGUCCGCUCCACUUGAAAUAUCAGGACUCAGGCUUGCUUCUCUUUUCAGGUCUCCGCUGACUGCUUCGACCCCGAGCGGGGGGAGGAAUCUGUAAGGAACCUUCUCAUU